AUGGGGGAGCCGCCAUUAACGAAUCAAGCAUGGGAUUCUUUGAUUCAAGAGGUGCAGAGGGAGGCCGACGAGGAGGCGGCGGCGGCGGCGGCGAUCCCUCGUGAGAUUUGUCAUCGUCGGACAAUCCCACGGGACCAUGUCGGAGCGGCUGAGCGGCUUAUGACCGACUAUUUUAGCGCUGACCCUCGUUACCCGGCUGAGAUUUUUCGUCGGCGUUUCAGAAUGUCGCGACCGCUCUUUACCCAUAUAGCGACGACAUUGGCGGACCGGUUCGAGUGCUUCACGCUCCGGAGUGAUUGCACCGGCCGGAUCGGGUCUGUCUACUUUGCAUUUUGUAAGGGCAUUCGGGAAGUCUUUGGUCCGGAGUUCCUACGAAAGCCAACCCCUGAUGAGUGCCAGAGACUGCUAGAUAUGCACGGUGCGGUGCACAAUUUCCCAGGCAUGAUGGGCAGCAUUGAUUGCAUGCAUUGGGAGUGGAAAAACUGCCCGGUGGCGUGGAAAGGCCAGUUCACUACCGGUUCGAACAACGACAUCAACGUUCUGCAGUCGUCGCCUAUCUUCAAUGAUGAGUGCCGGGGAGAGGGUCCGCAGAUCAGUUUUGUAGCAAAUGGCACGCAGUAUCGCAGGGGAUACUAUUUGGCAGAUGGAAUAUACCCUCGUUGGCCCGUAUUCGUCAAGACACUUCGCCAACCGGCUGGAGCGAAGAGACAAUAUUUUGCGCGAAAACAAGAGGCCGCUAGGAAAGAUGUUGAGCGAGCUUUUGGUGUGCUCCAAGCGCGAUGGGCCAUUCUACGCUGCCCGGCACGAGUGUGGCACGAAGAUGAUGUCGCGGAUAUUAUGGUAGCAUGUAUCAUAUUGCACAAUAUGAUAAUAGAAGAUGAAGGAUUUGCUGCAGAACGUUAG